CAACAAAACUACAUCAAGAGUGCUCAGACCCUUCUCAGGAGGGGGCUGAUCCAUGAGACUAGUAGCACUCGUGUGUCACAACUAUAACUUGUUAUUAACAAGUUAUAGUGUUGACACAUGCACGAGUGAAAAAAAGAAAUAUCUUUGUAUAGAUCCUUCAGCAGUAGUUUUAAAGGAGCUGUAGACUAUUUGAGCAUAGACAUGACUGCUGAGGAUUCUCCUGCUGAUGACAGGGUGUGUCUAAUACUACAGGCAGCUCAAGACCUGGAGAGCCCUAAUCCUGAUGCAGUUGCAGGCAAUAAUCUAAUUGCAGGCACUAGUAGAGCAGUGAGCUCAGUGAAGAGGAAAAAUGGUUGCAGCAGCCAAGAAAGAGGGGCAGAAAUCGAUAAGGGUGGAACCAGCAUGCUGGCCACUUUUCAUCAUGAGGAAAUCUCAGAAACAGACGGAGAAAGUGAAGAGCCUGGCCUUCCCUUAUCUCCUGAUUCUCAUUUGAUCUCACACAAAAAGGGAGGGAAAAUGCGAGCCAAUCUCGACUCCAAAGAAAGGGGGAGAAAAGGAGGUCACGGGAAGGCAAAGGUCAGUAUUGAGGAGAUGAUUCAAAAGCAAGAGACUGCCAGUCAGAUACACAAUGAGAACGAGAGGUACAGGAGGAAGGAGCUACGUGUUGCUGUACUUAGUCUUCGGAAUCAGUUAACUAGACCCACCAAGCGACCUGCCGUCAAAUUGGUACUGGAAGCAGCUAUCAAAGAACUGAAAGACCUUAAAAGGAAAGAGAAGGAAGACAUGCGUACGCUAGAGUCUCUGAAGGACAAGGAGAAAAGGCUAACCAUAGAACUAGAGAACAAAAUGAAGGAAUACAAAAGUCGUCCGAACUGCCCCAGCUCUUCUGGGACGGUUCUUACCUCAGUCCCUCAAGUCCCUCCUCCUGUAUCUUUCUUUCCCCCUCCCAACUCUGGUUCGUGGUUUCCAGCUCUGCCAGGCAAUAACAUACCAAGGCCUAUAGAAAUACCGGCAGUCUCACAUAUAAACUCUCCACCAGUAAUCUUCUCCCCAUGGCCCAGCGAUUGCCGCUUCGGAGUACCUGCUUACUUUCCCCCUCCGAUUUCGCAAUCUCCUUUUCCUUUCGGAAACUCAAGAUUCACACCCAUGAUGUUCCAGUACCCCCUUCGACCAACCUCACUCGCCAUGCCCCUCACACCUUCCCAUCCCACAUUCACUGUACACAAUAGCUUCCCUAUGAUGCAAGGAAUGGUCCCUCAACAACUACCACAAGCUGACGAAUCGCAUCGUAUGGUCACGAUUGUAUCUCCAAGAGCACAGGCCUAUCCUCAGUCACCUGCUUACGCUAGAGAAUAUUCACGAUCAGAGGUUCCUCCAGAAAAAGAAAGAACAUGUUUUACAGAGAGCGAUUUGUUUGAAGCCGAAGACAGCAGAGAGUCUUACUCACACAACAAUACCAGUUCAAAAAACGGAGGAGAAUCAGCUGAUACAGAAUGCAGAUCUUCCAGUGUACUUCAUUACACUACUUCAGCUGAUUCAAUGAGGAAGCCUGCAACACUGACAGAUCGCAAUACAAUUCUUUGUCAGGAGCAAGAGAGCUUUCCCCAUGACUCGCCUCUAACUUUCAAUAUUGUUCAUCCACCUCCUUCACUGCAUCGGCCAAUCACAAUGUCCACGUAUACCAACCACAACAAAGCUCAACGUGUGCAAAAAACUAUGCCACCUUUGUUACGGAUUGACAGCGACAGUGAACUAGGAAUAAUACAAAAAUCCAUGCAAGGUGAAAAGUCGAAAAUAGAAUUGAGAGCACAUACGAAAGCCUCAAAGUUUUCUCAGAUUCACAAUUCCGAGCUCGUCACAGUACAGUACUGCAAAAAUCCUCACUACAAUAGGAUAUCUUCUUUGAAAAAGAUCAUGCGAAAGAGAAGGAAAACUAGCAGUAGUGACUCUGAGACCAGUGAUGAAGAAAGUGAACUAUUGACCGCUUAUAAAAUUAAUUAGUGACCUCAUUUCAUUUUCAAAGUUGUUCUAAGACUGUCUGCCACCCACCCCAGCUGAAGAAGGCACUAUAUACCUAAUCACUACCUACAUAGUUAUUGCAGAUUCACAUCUGUUUAGAAUUCAAUCACUGCUGUAACUUUUCCCAAUGAUGAUUAAAAUAUAUUAUAUAUUCUGUG